GGGUUCAGAGUGUUUGCUCAGGCUGAUGCGGAGCCUGAUCUCAGUGUGACCGUUAACGGGUUGAAGAUGCCGAACCCGUUUGUCAUUGGGUCAGGCCCGCCAGGGACCAACUACACCGUCAUGAAACGGGCCUUUGAUGAAGGUUGGGGGGCCGUCAUCGCCAAAACGGUAUCUCUGGAUGCUGCAAAAGUUGUAAAUGUAACCCCCCGAUAUGCCAGAUUACGGGCAGGAGCUAAUGGCUCAGCCAGAGGACAGAUUAUAGGGUGGGAAAAUAUUGAACUGAUUAGUGAUCGGCCUCUGGAAACAAUGCUGAAAGAAUUUAAACAGUUGAAAGAAGAGUAUCCAGACAGGAUACUUAUUGCUUCGAUCAUGGAAGAAUACAACAAAGCUGCAUGGGAGGAACUCAUCGAUCGAGUUGAGCAAACUGGAAUUGAUGCUAUUGAAAUCAAUUUUUCAUGUCCCCACGGUAUGCCAGAACGUAAGAUGGGUGCUGCAGUUGGCCAAGAUUGUGCAUUGUUGGAGGAAGUUUGUGGAUGGAUUAAUGCAAAAGCAACUGUUCCCGUUUGGGCUAAGAUGACUCCGAACAUCACUGACAUUACACAGCCAGCUAGAGUUUCUCUGCAAACAGGAUGUGAAGGGGUCUCUGCAAUAAAUACAAUCAUGAGUGUCAUGGGAAUCAAUCUCGACACGUUGAGACCAGAGCCUUGUGUAGAGGGAUACUCGACGCCUGGUGGUUAUUCGUCAAAGGCAGUCCAUCCUAUCGCACUUGCAAAAGUGAUGAGCAUUGCACGGAUGAUGAAGAACGAAUUUGGAGACGAAGACUAUUCACUUUCUGCUAUUGGAGGUGUUGAGACAGGUGGUGAUGCAGCAGAGUUCAUACUUCUAGGAGCAAACACUGUUCAGGUCUGCACUGGUGUUAUGAUGCAUGGAUACGGUCUUGUAAAGCAGCUUUGCUCCGAGCUGAAGGAUUUCAUGAGAAAGCACAAUUUUUCAUCCGUAGAAGAUUUCAGGGGAAUUUCACUCGAUUAUUUCACCACUCAUAUGGAUUUGGUGAGAAGGCAACAGGAAGCCAUUCGCGAGAGAAAGGCCAUUAAGAAAGGUUUGCAAUCUGACAAAGACUGGACUGGAGACGGCUUCGUCAAAGAAACAGAGAGCAUGGUUUCGAAUUGAUUCGGUAAAUACAGUUCUAUCCUCACCAUUGUACUUUCACAAAAAUAAAUAGCUUCGGCAGCUGUACUCCUAGUGUGUGUGUGUGUGUGUGUCUGCAUGCACGCACAUCUGCCCCCCCACCCCCCCUCUUUUUUUUUCGUUCCGCCUGUAAAAUGCAUUUCUUCUAUGUAUCAACAUGUACAGAGAAUUAAUAAUUUGACCUUUUGAUGAA